AUGUUUGAGAACCAGAGCCAAUGGAACAGGGCGCCUGGGCCUGCGGGGACUUAUACGUGGACACAAGUUCCUCAGAAACCAGAUCCCGCCCUCAGCAACAACUACUACAACACCCAACCAUCCAACUGCCCUGACGACUGGAGUCACCUCUUUGACAACAAUCAUCAGAGGGAAUCAUCCUCUCAUGAUCAGUUUCAGUCAGACCAGACCAAUGAUCACUCCUACUCCAAUUUGCUUCCGCCCAUCCCGCCCAGUGUCUCACCCAUGGCUACUGGUCACAUUCAACCCUGCAACCUGAACAUUGUCCUGAAAUCGGAUCAGGCCGAUACCAGUGCUCAAAGCUUUGAGCUAAGUGCGCGACUUGAGCGCCUAGAACGAAUCCUUGACGGACUGCAAGAGUCUCUCGCUGAUCUAACUAGAAAGGUAGAGACGAAAUCGUCCGGCUUUGAAGAGGACGUAGCGAAUUCAUUGGGUGCAAUUACGAAAGGGAUGGAGAAGUUCUUCAACCGGUUUGCAAGCCACUUGGAAGAUGAGGAAAUCAAAUUGGCAGAAGCGCGGAUCACUCAAGUUGAGAUGGCACCCAUGUGA